AUGUGCACGAAUUGUGUAUGGGAGAUGGCUAAGGUCCGACACCUCACCAUCUUCCUUUCCACGUUCGCACUCGCUCUUCUUUAUAUCACCCUCGUCCGUCUCGAUGUACGGUUUCCGGUGUUUCCGGUCGAAUGGCGCCACAUCGCGGAAAUUCGCCAUGGCUCUGGCGCUGUCAAGGUCCUAUUGAUCGCUUAUGGGCGAUCCGGCUCCUCUCUUGCCGGGGAACUCCUCUCAUUUUCACCUGGCUCCAGAUACUACUUCGAGCCCCUCUUCUUCGUGAAGGACAUCCAGCAGAUGAAUCGACGCAAGGACUUUAGUCAUCUGUCCCUCUACCUCCUAGAGAGUCUAUUCAAUUGCAGUCUGGAGGCUGUGGACCAGUUCCUCCUUCUCUCGCUGCGAAACCCCGGAUGGAGGUGGAAAUACUACAGUCUUCCUCCCUGCGAUGACAACGAUCAAGUCCAGGUGGCGAAAGUGAUCCGUUUCCAGCUGGACCAUGACGCUCUAGGAUGGCUGCGGUCCCGACAUGACAUCAAAGUCGUGCACUGGGUCCGGGACCCUCGCGGGAUGCUCAACUCCGUCCUUGGGGCGCCUUCAACCGACAACUUCCAGACGGAUCCCUGGCUAUUGUGCGAUCGUAUGUGGAGCGACAUCUUCGCCAUCGAUAGCCUUCCUUCCGAUCAAUGGCGAAGGGUGAGUUACGAGGAGAUGGUGUCAGACCCGAUCGAGGUUACGCGAGGUCUCUACCGUUUCCUGGGAAUUCCGUGGCCUUCAGACGGCGACAAACAAGUCCUUACCCACUUUGCACCUGAUCCACAGUCCAUGGCGUCCACGAAUGGUUAUUACAGCACGUACAGGAACGGGUCCGCUUUUGACCCUCACCACUGGAAACAGGAAAUGAACGAGGUAGAGAUCGCCCUCACUGAACGGGAGUGCGGGACUGUGAUGGAUGCACUCGGGUACCAGAGAGAGGUGGUGACUGGGCCCCUGCCUAUCGGCUGGUUCGAGGAGAGAUUCAUGGUGGUUCCAGGGAAAUCCCCUGCGGAAGGCCCGCUACCGGUCACGACUCCCGUUCCCGAUGUCUCAGGAAUGUAG